UAAAGUGGGUGUGGUUUUCGCUUUCUAACCAGUCCCAUGAACACACUUGGUUGCCCAGACAACCAUGGUUAGAUGAAGAAAGAUGGCGGUCAGAUUGAGCCGCAUAAAGGUUCAGAUCCCGAUAAAUCGGUUAUUUCCCAUCUGCUUCUUUAUUAUCUGGGCUUCAUUUAUGUUGAGUAGUAGCUCGGCCGGAUCUAUUAACUGCAAUCACCGAGUUCCGAAACCUGAAGAGGUUGUCUACAAAGUCCAUCUGAGGUCAAACCGCAUAUUGAAAAGAAACACGGACCAGCAGCUGCGAGUGAAGAUAGUUUAUGAUAAAAGUAUUGAUGACCUCCAUCCAAAAAAGAAGAAGCUUGUCAAGAGCAAGCUUUUCCCACAAGCAAUUUCAUUCUUGGAAAAGACUUUUCAAGUUCGAAGACCCAUUGGUUCAGUUUUGCUAAACAGACAAUGUGCAAACAAUCAGUACCUGAAAAAGAAGGAUGAACCUCACAAAUACUGUCAUGGUGCAUGCGCAGAACACACAAAAUGCGGCCCCAUUGUUGUUCCAGAGGAUCACUUACAGCAAUGCAUGGUCUGCAGUGGUGCUGAGUGGCAUUGUGGUCCAGUGGGGCAACCUAAUAAUGGAGGUAUUACUGAUGCCGACUUUGUUCUUUAUGUCAGUGCAAUGACCACUGAAAGAUGUAGCCAGGAGAAUAUUGUUGCAUAUGCUGCAUAUUGCCAGCUGGAAGCAGAAAUGGACAGGCCUAUAGCAGGUUAUGCAAAUCUGUGUCCAAAUAUGAUAUCCACCCAGCCUCAGGAAUUUGAUGGAAUGUUAUCUACAGUGAAGCAUGAAAUUCUUCAUGCACUGGGAUUUUCUGCUGGACUCUUUGCAUUUUAUUACGAUGAUGAUGGCAGCCCGCUCACACAGAGAUACGCAAAUGGUCUUCCACCCUUCAAUGAGAGUCUUGGUUUAUAUCAGUGGAGUGAGAAAGUAGUGCGCAUUGUACAGAGGGACUGGGAUGUGCGUGGCCCUAAGAUACUCCAGCAUACAGUUUUUCUGCUGGUUACUCCUAGAGUUAUUGAGGAAGUACGAAAACAUUUUAGUUGUCCAGUUCUGGAAGGGAUGGAGCUAGAAAACCAAGGUGGCAUGGGAACAGAGCUGAACCACUGGGAGAAGAGGUUACUUGAGAAUGAAGCCAUGACUGGAUCUCACACGCAGAACAGGGUGUUCUCCAGGAUAACCUUGGCACUGAUGGAGGAUACAGGCUGGUACAGAGCCAAUUAUAGGAUGGCAGAGAGACUGGACUGGGGCCGAGGUAAAGGAUGUGACUUUGCUAUGAAGAGCUGCAAAUUCUGGAUUGAUCAGCAGAAGACAAUAAAGCCAUCUGUGAGUCCAUUCUGUGACACCCUUAGAAGCAACCCGUUAAAACUGACUUGCAGACAGGAUCAAAAGGCUGUGGCCAUAUGUAAUUUGCAAAGGUUCUCCAAACUACUGCCCCAGGAAUAUCAGUACUUUGAUCACAUUCCUGGGGUAUCCAUGGAGGAUUUAGCUUAUUAUGGUGGAGCUGUAGAAAUUGCCGAUUUUUGCCCCUUUGCUCAGGAAUUUAGCUGGCACCUAAGUGGAACAUUCCAACGAAGCUCUGACUGCAGGGUCCCAGAGAAUCAGCCAGCCACUCUAAAGAAUUAUGGAGCUGAGCUGUAUGGGCCAGAGUCAGUCUGUCUAACACAGAAAUCUGCAUUUGUUAUGGAGCAGUGCUCAAAAAGGAUGAGCUAUCCAGACUGGGGGAGUGGCUGCUAUCAGGUGCGCUGCACCCCAGAGGGUCUGCAGGUCUGGGUGCAGGAUAUGCCUUACCUGUGCAGUCGAGCGGGCCACAUACUACGUGUAAGCAUCCAGAUGAAUGGUUGGAUUUACGAGGGAAGCUUGGUAUGCCCAUCCUGCUGGGAUUUCUGUGACUCGUGUCCACCAGAGCGAGAUCCCCCUCCUGACAACAGAACAAGAGCCACUCCUCUUGAUCUCUGCUCUCGUUCUUCAAACCUGGUUGUUACACUGUGGCUUCUGCUGCUUAACUUGCUCCCCCUGCUGGCAGGGUUCUUUCUCUGUGUCUACAAAUGAGCACAGUGCUGUAGUUUAGCUUGCUCUGAAUCAGAGUCUACCACAAUGACACCGUUUGCACCUUACUCUGUUGUUAGAGUGGACAGAAGAGAACCAGUUUGUGUGCAGAGGAACUUGAGCUUUCACUUUAUGUUCAAUUGUUCUAUUUCAGGUGUUACAGAAUCUUAUUAUUAUUGCUCCGUAAACAAAACUAUUUGGUAUCCAUGGGAAUUUUUCAGCUGUUUUAUAAGCUUAAAACUAAGAAUUGCUGUAAACUGUGAGUUAUAUAAAUUGAUGCAAAGUCUA